CGGUUUCCAUCUUAAACCACAGAAGACUAGAGUUCUGAUUUUGGUUCACCCUCUUCAGUCUUCAGACUUACUUCCUCUGUCUCUCCACCCAUGUCUGAGAAUCCGUUAGAACCCAUCUUCAAAACCUUCCAAAGAAUUUCAAAUUCUAUUCAAACCCAACUUUUCUCCUUCACUGGCUUAGCUAUUCACCCUUCACCUUCCAAUGAAAAGCCUCUUCUUUCUCUAUCCCCUUCCAAUAAGCCAAAUUCAUCAUACCCUACUGACAUUUCCGCUAAGGGUAAAGCCUCUCAGCCAGUAACGAAGGAGGAUCUUGGAAGGUCCACCUGGACAUUUCUUCACACUCUUGCGGCUCAGUAUCCAGAGCACCCAACUAGGCAGCAAAAGAAGGAUGUGAAAGAACUGAUGACAAUUUUAUCACGGAUGUAUCCAUGCAAGGAAUGUGCAGAUCACUUUAAAGAAGUUUUAAGAGCAAAUCCUGUUCAAGCUGGAUCUCAAGCUGAGUUCUCUCAAUGGCUAUGUCAUGUUCAUAAUGUUGUUAACAGAAGCCUAAGCAAGCCCAUAUUCCCUUGUGAGCGAGUUGAUGCUAGAUGGGGCAAGCUGGACUGUGAGCAACGUCUGUGUGAUUUACAGGGAACUACAACCUUUGGGGAUGACAUCUGAGACUAUUCAAUCUUCUUUUGUUAAUAUCAAGAUUAUCUUGUAUGACUGAUUCUUAUAUACUAUUUGGAUUUCUGAGGUUACAAGAGAUGAAACUAGUUCUUCCCUACACAACGAUUUGGUCCCUCUGAGUUGCAUAAAUGCAACUUAAUGGGUUACUUUAUAUUCUAAGGAAAUUUUGCAAACAAGUGCCAAUAACUUAUUCGUUUUGGAAAUAACUAAAAAAACCGCAGGGUUUUUCUACAUGGUAUCCUUGAGGUAUUUACUUUAAUAUGUUGUAGUCCUUCAAUCUUGGUUCCAUGUGGUACCCUCAGGUCCAUAUAGGAACCAUGUGGCACCCUUGCUGUUAUAUAGACGUUAAUGAAUCCGUUAGUUUUUGUGUAAAGCUGCCCUUACUGGCUAACUGCCACUACCAUCUCCAAAACCAAAAAUUGCCUCAACCACCAGAUUUAAACCACUACUACCACCUCCUUAAACCACAUCUGAACUUUAAAACCACCACUAUCACCUCAUGAAUCCAUCACUAUCAGUUCUAUCACAUUCUUAAACCACCAAUAAACGACAAAAUCACAACCACUUUUGCUAAACUGUCAUAAACACCAUCCCUAUAUCACACAACCACCUCUAAAACUUCCUGAAUCAGGAAAA